GCAGCCGUUAACGACAACCUUCGUACGGAGUGACUGGACGCCGCCCUUCAUUCCACCGCCUCAUGGCGUUCCUCUCCCCGAGGUCCAUGCUCUUUCUCCUCUGCAGUGUCGUGGUGCUUUUCGCCGCCUCGGCCACAUUCGAUUCCCUGGCUGAUCCGUCUUCAGACUUCGUGGGUCCUGGAACCAACGCGACUGCCGAGUCUUCGAGUUGCAGGGGGCUUUUUUCUGAUGGCUGUGUAAGGCGCGGCUGUAAGGUGCGAUUCCUCUUCGAGCUCACCCAGUACUGGGUGGACGGGGACCGCACUCCGCGACCAUAUGACCCGCCGGUAUGUGUGUGCCAGCAGAUCAGAUCAGAUUAGAGCAGACCAGUCCUCCCCUCCCCUCCCCUCGUCAACCCUUUCCCUCUUUGGCUGUGCAUAUAUACAGAGAAUCAUGGACAUUGAGUUCCACUCGUAUCCCUGGCGAUGGGAGUGUUCGAGUGGUUUCAACCGUGCGCGAAGGGAUGCCUCCCUGGGUGCAGAGGCAUGCCUCGUUGCAAUCAGGGACACCUUCUACACCGAGGCCUUCGACGGGUGGCCUUCCCAUUCUUCCGCGUGUGGAGGCAUGUGUAUGGAGCCGCCGCAGUUCGACCCACAAGGCAGCGGCUCGUUCGCCGAAGCCAUCGGCAAGCGGGUCUGCGGCUGGCUUCCCGGCUUGCCACCGGCGGUUUUUAUCGGUAGGUCUCAGAAACCACCCUAGGAGGGAGGGAGGCCUGGGACACGUCAAGCACUCACUCUGGUUGUGUGGAUGGAUGGUUGGAUGGUAUGCUGCAGAGGGUUAUGUCAUCGCCAGGAUUGAGGGAGAUCGCUGCUGCUACCACAGCCACAGAUGCUGUCCUGCGCACCUCGGCUACGGCGCCGACCGGUGUUGGCCGGCGAGUUGGCUUCUGAACACUGAGGGCAGGCGCAUGCAGGUUUCGCCGGGCAAGAUGUACUAUAGCUGCCAAACAGGGAACGCUGGCCCCAUGUAUUGAGGGGGGGUCCGUCCGCGUGCAUUCUAGUCAGCUGUCUGUUUCAUGUGUGUGUAUUUGGCUUUGACGGAUGGAUGGAUGGAUUUAUGAUGAGGUGUGUCUGUGUGUGUCUCUCUCUCUCUCUCGGCACCCAUGGCAGGCAGCGUGCUGCAUUGUGUUGGCUGACGGGUGACGUACGGGACACACUUACAUACAGAGAGAGAGAAGGUCAUCAAUGGCUGUGGGCGUUGCCACCGUGACUGUGUGGCUGUGUCUUGUGUGUCCAGCCAGCCGUUGGUUGACCUACGUACGGGGCAGUCACUGUUGGCUGGCAGUGUGGGGGCGGACGGCCCAUGUCAUGGAUGGAUUUGUCGCGUGUUCAUGGUGUCUCAAUGUCUCUAUUUUUCGUCCGUGUGUGGUGCCUAUGGCCUUCUGGGUAUGACACACACGCUUGUCCGUCUGCCUGCCUGCAGAGAGAGGGAGAGAGACGUGCAAGUACGUGCCAUAUAUUGGGUCUCAUGUGUGUGGGUGUCCAAAAGCAGCGAGCCGCUGAGAGGUCGACGGCACACGGCAUACAUGCACAGCGAGCGCUUCAUUCGUCCGCCGUGCACACCACACACCAGUGAUGUGCCAACUAAUUCAAUUCAUCAGAGAGAGACACGCACUCUUUUUCCGCCACAUUACAUACCAUAUCUGUCUGUCUGUGUGUCCGUGUGUCUGUGUGUCUGUCCUUAAGGCUGUGCUGGUUUGCAGACAGAGUAGAGGAACGGCAAGCGUUCGCCUCCGUGACGCCUGCCCUUGUCGCUCACAUGGAUAGAUAUGCAGCGCGGCUGGUCUUAUAUAUCAUAGUCAUUUUACCCGCCCUGUUGUCAUUUCAUAGAAAGCCCCUCCCUACUCGUCGACGCUGUCUGCCUGUCUGUCUGUCUGCUUCCAUGAGGGUAUUGAGGGGGGGCUGUUCUGUCUGUCGGAUGGUGGGUAGGACGCGACAGACCAUCUGUGACGGUGAUUCUUGUAGCACGAUUGGCGGUGCCUGGUCUGCACAGACACGCCGUGAGAUGAGCAGCGUGUUCGAAUGAUGAUCAGUCAAGUGAUUGAUGUCAGUCACACUGCAAAUCGCGACUGUGGGCGGUGGGAAAGGUAUGCACGCU